CGCCUCCUGCGCGCUCUCUCACCCCGACCUCUGCUGCUCAGUCAACCAGAUUAGCGCCGUCGCAACGUCAGGGCUGUCUAUCUGCUGGCUAUGACAUGAACGCUCUCACCUGCUGACAGCCGCGUCCCUUUGCGACUACAACCUGAACAGCUCGCGUAGCUACCACUGUCACCACAGCUGCAGCGACACUUGACCUUACGAACCACACACUGGCCGAUUGAAGAAGCAGCCAUGGCGACCAAGAGGAAGCUCGCCGCGAUGGCGCCCGAUGACAGCGACCCCGUGGACCCGUCCGACGAGCUCAUGUUCCUGUGUCUUGGAGGCGGCAACGAGGUCGGGCGGUCGUGUCAUAUCAUACAGUACAAGGGCAAGACGGUCAUGCUUGAUGCUGGCAUGCAUCCCGCAUACGAGGGCCUCUCGGCCAUGCCCUUCUACGACGAAUUCGAUCUUAGCACCGUAGACGUGCUCUUGAUCUCACAUUUCCACGUUGAUCACGCAGCUUCGUUGCCCUACGUUCUAGCGAAGACGAACUUCAAGGGCCGGGUCUUCAUGACACAUCCCACAAAAGCCAUUUAUAAGUGGCUUAUACAAGAUUCCGUCCGCGUCGGCAACAUCUCGAGCUCGUCCGAGACCAAGGUCCAAAUGUAUACCGAGCAAGAUCACCUCAAUACGUUUCCCAUGAUUGAGGCCAUCGACUUCUACACCACACACACCAUAUCCGGCAUUCGAAUAACGCCUUACCCUGCGGGCCACGUGUUAGGAGCAGCGAUGUUUUUGAUCGAAAUUGCAGGUUUGAAGAUUAUGUUCACUGGAGACUACUCAAGAGAGGACGACAGGCAUCUGGUUUCCGCAUCGGUCCCCAAAGACGUUAAGAUCGACGUUCUGAUCACGGAGUCUACGUUCGGUAUUUCGACACACACACCGCGGUUACAGCGCGAGACCCAGCUUAUGAAAUCCAUAACCGACAUUCUCAACCGCGGCGGUCGAGCGCUGCUCCCUGUCUUCGCACUUGGGCGAGCCCAGGAGCUGCUGCUCAUUCUCGACGAAUACUGGGCCAAACAUCCAGAGUACCAGAAGAUACCCAUCUACUACAACUCGAGUCUAGCGCGGAAAUGCAUGGUCGUCUACCAGACCUACGUCUCAGCCAUGAAUGAUAACAUCAAGCGCUUAUUCAGAGAGCGAAUGGCCGAAGCCGAGGCCGCCGGUGAUGUAGGCAAAGGCGGUCCGUGGGACUUCCGCUUCGUCCGAAGUCUGAAAUCCCUGGAGCGCUUCGAUGAUGUAGGAGGAUGCGUCAUGUUGGCAUCCCCUGGUAUGCUGCAGUCUGGCACGUCUCGCGAGCUGCUCGAGCGAUGGGCGCCCGAUCCACGAAACGGCGUCAUCAUCACCGGUUACUCCGUCGAAGGCACGAUGGCAAAGCAAAUCGUGCAUGAACCCGAGCAGAUACCCGCCAUCACCCAACGAGCGACAAACACUGCGCGGCGACCUGGCCAGAAGGAAGGCGAGCAGAUUAUGAUACCCCGACGUUGUAGCGUACAAGAGUUCAGCUUUGCGGCACACGUUGACGGCAAGGAAAACAUGGAGUUUGUACAGGAGGUCAAUGCACCAGUAGUUAUACUCGUUCACGGCGAAAAGGGCAACAUGACACGCUUGAAAUCCAAGCUCCUAAGCUUCAACGCACACCGGGCCGUCCCCGUGAAAAUAUACUCACCCGCCAACUGCGAAGAACUCCGCGUCCCCUUCAAAACCGACAAGAUUGCGAAAGUUGUCGGCAAACUCGCAUCUGUCCCGCCGCCUUUACCUCACCCGAAGAAAGAAGGCGCAGAGGACGAACAGGCGGAGGAGGGAGAGGACCAGCCCAACCUCAUCACCGGGGUACUAAUCCAAAACGACUUCAAAAUCAGUCUCAUGGCGCCCGAGGAUCUGAAGGAGUACGCAGGUCUGACGACCACAACAAUCGUGUGUCGGCAGCAUCUCACCCUUUCGGCGGCGGGUGUGGAUCUCAUCCGGUGGGCGCUAGUGGGCACUUUCGGCGCGAUCAAAGAGAAGAAGAUCACUGACACAGCCGUUGAUGGCAAAGAGGUCAACGGAAACGGGCUAUACAAGGAAGAAGCGGACGAAGAGAUUUCGCGGUCAAGCAUGCAGUUCACGGUCAUGGACUGCGUGAAGGUGCUUGUUCAGCCAGGCGGGAGAGUAGAGGUCGAGUGGGAAGGCAAUGUCAUUAAUGAUGGGAUUGCGGAUGCUGUGCUCGCGGUUCUCUUCACCGUUGAAAGCAGUCCGGCGGCUGUGAGACAAUCAUCACGACAGCACUCACACACGCCGCCACCAAAAUUAGACGCAGAUACCAAAUUCGCCCACCGCUUCAAGCAACCGCAUCCCCACCGCACACCCGACCCAUCCACGCGCCUCGCACGUCUCUUCCUCUUCCUCGAAGCGCAAUUCGGCGAGGACGCCGUCAACCCCAUCCAAUACCCGCGCAACUCCUCCUCUUUGUCGCCUCUCUCCGCAGCCGGUACCUCUCCCUCCCCACCCACUAACAACGCUCCAUCUGAUACCUUCUCUGUGGCCACCGCGCCGUCCGUCGACGAUGUCAAGCUUUCUCCCACGGAUAAAGCUGAGCUCAAGAGGCUGCAUAACCUAGGCAUCCCGGUCCCGGGUAUCGAGAUCAAGUUCGACAAGCAUGCCGCGCGGGUGUGGCUAGAGAAUUUGGAGGUCGAGUGUGCGAGUGGGCCGUUGAAGGCGAGGGUUAAGGCUGUGGUGGAGAGGGCUGUGGAGACGGUGAGUGGGCUGUGGGCUUGAGCUGAGUGGAGAGGCUGGAUUAUGGAACGUAGUGCGGGAAUUACCAGUGGUUGUGGAGGUGACAGUGGUACAGUGUGAUAUGGCAAUGACUUGCGGUGCUCUUCGGGGAGGAUAAAUGGUGUCAGGGCGUUCAGGCUAUUAAGAAAGACAAAGGCAGUACAAGAUGCAUUGCUGGGGGUUUCCCUGAGCCCGGGUAGUCCCUAGUCUCGGUGUAUGCAUGCUUUUUGGUAGAAUGAAUGCAUUAGCAGCCGUUCAACAUCUUCAGAUAGAAAAAUCGCUUUUAUCUUA